CUCUAUUUCCUGACAAAACAACACCAUUCCUGUACGAUCAUUCCCAGGAGUGGCAGCGGGUUCCCCAAGCUGGCCCAGGCACUGGAUGCCAGACCCUCCUAGGGUUCGGGGAUCUUUGGAGUCUUCCCCCGACCCGGGGCCCCAAAAGCUGCUCUGCAAAGCCAAGCGCGCAAGGCUCGGGAAGGGCGCGCGGGGCCACUCUCCUGCAGCCCCGCGCCUGGGAGGUCUGGUCGGACCUGGGGGCGCCCACGCAUCGGCCAGUCUCAGGCCCCCAGGAAGCCGACUCCGCGUACCUCCCCAGGGACCGAAAACCGCCGGUGCCACCGCACCCGUCGCCGCCGCCGCUUGCUCAUGGAGAGCCCGGGCCGCCACCGCCGCUUCAUCUACUAGCACCGUCGGCUGCCUCGGCCUCCCCCGGCGACAGCGCUGGGCUCCGGCACGGCCUCCAUCGCGCCCGCCGCGGCUGGAGCCACAGCAGCUCCGGCGCCCAGGCCCGACUCGACCGGACCCACGGAGCCAGGACCGCGGGACGCGUCGCUUCUUAUUACGGAGGAAGAUUCGGCCUGACCUCCGCCCCCCUCCCCCCAAGACCCCAGUUUCCAGCCGCCGGACGGCACCGCUGCGCAGGCGCGAAGACGCCCAGACCAAACGUUACUUGAUGUAUCCCAUCCAGGACAAUGAGCUGUCAACAAACUCACGGUAUGAGCCAGCUCUGGUCUAAGAGAGCCUGCGGAAACUGACUGUUUUACACUGACUUACGGGUGAGGACAACCUGUGCAUAUUUGUGCUACUCUCCAAAUGAAGCCAUUUUUAAGUUAUGUUUUUAUCUCAUCAGACUUGCAUAAGGGGCGGAGUGGAUGUGAAACAGCCAGGGGACAGCCAUGGUGGGACAGUAGUCUGCGAUGACAAGACUGCGAUGUAAUAAAAAAUAAAAUUAACUUUAUUAACUUGGAAAGCACAAGAUGUGUUCCUGCUAUCCUCACCAAAAUGUAGAUGUCUGUGCAGAAGGCACUACCCAUCAGGCCGAAGCCAGUUAUUAGCUACUUAUUUCCCCGUAACAGGUUACUUCCAAGCUGUCACUUCAAACUCAGUCAUUUGUUGUUAACUUAAAAGUUACUGUGGUUAGGAAUUUGUGAGCAGUGCACUUGAGUGCCUCUAGUUUUGUGUCUCACAUGAGGUUGUCAUGAAGAUGCAAGUCUAGAUUGCAGUCAUCGAACUGUUGGAGAGAGGCUGCAGAAUUUGCUUCCAAAAAGUUUGUUCUCUGCUGCCAAGUGGGUCCUUGAUAAUGAUAGGCCCUUGUUUCUUCUCACUUGGGCCCCUCAAUUGGCUGCUUGAUAUCCUUCUGACACAGAGACUGGCAUCAUUUGUAGCCAGCAAUCCAGGAUGGAACAAGACAGAAAGAGCAAUGUCUCUUAUUUCUGCAUAUUCUGACAUACUCAAAAUAAUGCCUUACGAGUUCCCUGGGAAACUCCAGCCAGGUUAACACCUGAAACUAGCCAUCAAGUUUACUAUUUUUUUUAUGUGAGUUUUUUUUUCCUGGCUCUUGAGCUGUGGAGACCAGAUGAACAAUUUUUACAAGGACAAUUAAAAUUUCUCUUCUUAUUUAGAAAUGUAUUGUGAUGAUAUAAUACGUUUUGGUUUGGUCUGUAAGUCCUGAGUGGAUGUCCCUGUGCCAUCCAUUUUUCCUGUUAUUCUUUCUUUGAUUAGCAGUGAGAAUACAUGAUUCAAAAAUCAAAAGGAGUAGUUUCAGGACUUCAUCUAGUAUAAUUUUUAAACCCAUGAAUACAGUUUAUUUUUAUGCAUCUCUUCUCAAGUUGUUCACAUAAGAAUAUUUAUAUGUUACGUUAUUUUUACACUCUGAGAAAUAUUUAUAAUCCUUGAAGAACUCAUUGUUUUUCUGUCCAUAACAUCUCUGUUCUACCAUUCUUAGAGGAAAAUUUCUUGACAGUAGUAUUUGUAUUUAUGCCUGGAAAUAUCUAUAAAAUAUAUACAAGUCCAAAAAUCUCAAAGGAAGAGUUGUUCUCAUAAAAAUUUUUGGCAAAAAUACUUACCAUUACUAGCUAUGGCAGCAAUUCUAUAAUUCUAGAGAGAAUAAGCGAAUAAGGUAUGUGUGUGUGCGUGUGUGCUGAAUUCUCUUUCCAGAAGAUAAAAAAAAAAAUCUUUAUCCUAAUUGUAUUUUCUGGUUUUUGAGACGCAUUUCUUCCUGAAGGUCUGGUAAAGAUAACUUUCUCAUUGACCAUUAAUAGGUAGAAAAAAAAAAAAAAAAGAAAGAUGUUCCUAUAGUUGGAUGUGAUGGUACAUACCUGUAAUCCUGCAUUUAGGAGGACGAGGCAGAAGAUUGCUGUGAGUUUGAGGCCAGCCUGGGCUACAAAGUGAGUUCAAGGCCAGCCUGAGACAUGGUGAAAUCAUGUUUCAAAAUCAAAAUGAUGUAAAACAAUUCCCCCAUAAAAAACAAUGAAGUUCCUUUAACUGUUAUUAUACAUGAUUUCUGAAUUGGAUUUUGCAAAUGUAACUAGGAGAGAUGGGAGA